AUGGCUGAACAUAGAAUACCCAGUGUUAUCCAUGAGAAUGUCAGGGCGUCAUUUGAACCAGAUUUCGAGUCUACAAGAAACUCUAUAGAUUCACUUUCUUCAUUAUCACAUCCAGGAAUUUCCAAUUCAUUAGAUUUGAACGAUGAAUUGGCCAGUACAGGUGAUCAAAGCUCUAACUUGGCAUUAUCUAGAAGAAGUUUUGAAAGUUCUAGUUUCGUUACAUCAAGUUUUAGACCAAGUUUUGAUGAUAGUUUACCCUUAUUAGGAUUGAAUCGUUUAUCUAUACAAAAAUUAAGUCCAUUAGGUCCAAAUUCAAUUUAUGAAAUAAUAGCUGAUGUUGAUUCUAAGAAAAAUACAAAUAAUACACUUAGUCCAAAUCCAAAUAAAUCAAAGAAAAAUUUACAUUUAAAACCUCCAACUCAAAGAGAUAUUCCAGCUGUUCAUUUAUCAAAAGUUGAAAAAGCACCAAAGGAAGAAUUGAAACAAUAUUUAAUAGAUCUUGGGAAAGAAUAUGAGAAAUAUUCGAGUAAUAAACAGUUAACAGCUACUACAUUGGAAUCAUUUGUUAAAAAGCAACAAGGCGGUGAUCAAAAUAAUAAUGAUUUAUUGGAACAAGAAAUUGAUUCAUUAAAUACUAUACCUGAAAUAUAUUUUUCUGAGAAUUUCAAUUUGGAUGAUCCUAGAGUGUUUAAAGCUGUUACAGAGGGGAAUAAAUUAGAUAAAUUAAAUGAAUUAGCACAAGAUAAAUUAUCAUGGUAUUUAGAUACAGUUGAGGUUCAUCUGGUUAAUGAAAUUUCAAAAUCUUCAAGUUCAUUUUUCGAUGCAUUAACUGAUCUAAAUAAUAUAAGUUUGAAGAAUCAAAAUACUGUACAAUUAAUUAAUAACUUGAAGGGGAAAUUAUCAAAGUUACAAAGUCAAAAAAUUACAAAAUUAUUGGAUAAAUUGAAUCUAAUCACUAAAAGAACAAAUAUUGAUAAAUUAGAACAAGGUUUUUUACAAAUAAGUAUGGUUUUAAAUCAAUCUGAUAUUGCAGAAUCUUACUUUUUAAAAGGUGAAUAUGAAAAAUGUUUAGAUAAAGUUGAUUAUGUUGAAUCUUUAAUCAAAGGUGAAGUUACAGAUUUGAACUGGCCACAUAAAUUAGUUGAUCUAAGGACAGUACCAGCAUUGAUUAACAUAAGAGAACUGUUAUGUAACUUAAGAAUACAAACAGGUCAAUCAUAUUCAAAAGUAUUUAUAAGCUUCUUACUAGAUGAUCUUAGAAAACAUUAUGAAGAAAUAGAUUUUGUUAAAGUCACUGAAAGGUUAGUUAAUAAUUCAUCAUAUAAAGUUGAAAUUAAAGAUGAAUUCAAAUCUAAAUUGAAUGAAUAUAUCAUUGGUCUUACAAGAUGUGAAGAAUUAGCAUCAGCUUUUAAUAACUAUGAAGAACAAGUUGUUAAUGAAAUGAAGAAUAUUGUUCGACAAUUUUUACCAAGUGAAGAAGCUGAAUCAAGUGAAUCAAGAGCUGGUACUUCAUCUGUUAGUGGAUCGACUUCAAAUAAACCAAGUGGUAAAAGUCUGAGUGCUUUAAUUAAGGGAAUGACACCAAGGGAUUUUGAAGAUAUGGUAAUAAAGAUAUAUGCCACAAUCUCAGAAGGGUUAAGAAGAUUACAAGUUCACCAGAAAAUCUUGUUAGAUUUAGCAUUAAGUAAUAUCAAGCAAAAAGAUCAAGAUCAGAUAAAUCUAAUUAUGCAAUUGGAUAUAAAGAAUUCAAUUAAUAAAAGUGCAGAAAUUGUUCAAAUUAGAAUGGGUAAAAUUAUAUCAGUUAGAAAAGAUAUUAAUGCUUCAUUACGUUAUGAUUAUUUCUUGAGAUUUUUUUAUAUAAAUUCAGUUUUUUUAAAUGAUUCAGAAAAUAUUUCAGGUAUGAAUUUUAAAUUUUUACCAGACAUUAUAAAUUCACAAAUCAAAAUUUUCAAUACUACAUUCCAUCAUCAUAAUUUGAAAGCAAUUUCUCAUUCAUUAGAAAAAGAAGACUGGAAACCAUUGAUUGUAUCGCAUGAGCUCCAGGAAGUUGCUAACAAAAUUGUUGAUAAUGUUAAUUUAGAUGCUGAUCAACAUUGGAAAAAGGAACUUUUACAUUUGAGACCAGAUUCGAACUCAAAUGAUCCAAAAAAUGAUAAUGAUGGUAAUAAUAAACAAACAUCUCAUAAAAGAUCAAUUGUUGUUGGUGAUAAAACAUUUGUUGCAAGUAGUUCAUUAUUAACUUUGAUUUCUAAAAUUUCAGAUUAUUUCAUUUUAAAGCAAAAUUUCCAUCAUUAUUCAAGUAUGUAUGAAACAUAUUUAAUUGAAUUAUUUAAAUAUUAUAAUUCAAAAUCAAUGAAUUCAAUCAAAAAAACUGAUGGAACUUUAGAUCGGGAUAAAAACUUAAGUAUAGUUGGUGAAUCAUUAGAUUGUUUACAGGAAUUAAUUCACUACAUUCGUAUAGAUUUUGAUAAUUUAGAAUUGGAUGAGCUAUAUAACACAGUGAUUAAUAAUUUUGCAGCAUCAAAAUCCAAAAUAGCAUAA